AUGUCUAAUUCACAAAAAGCAAAAAUUCACAAGGACGUUAAGGGUCGGAUAAUAUUGGACGAAGAGAAGUACGUGGAGUGCCUGGAUCACAUAAUAGAAAGAGACUUCUUUCCUGAUCUGAAGAAACUUAGGAGGGAGACUGGAUGUUUACCUGCUGAAUCUGAAAGGAUUGAUUUGAGUAAUGAAACGUUCGACACGCCGAUGUUGACUGGGGGUGGAGACAUGGCCACACCGAGCCAGGGCGUAAAGGAGCAAGCAGCAGUCUUAUCAGCUCCUAUAAGGGCGGAUUCCAGCUUGGACAAGUUUUUAAACAAGCACACGAGUGAAGAUAACGCAUCUUUCGAUGAAAUAGUGGCGGAGGAAACAGCUAAAGCAGAUGAGAAGGCUGUCGGCUUGUUCGCACCUUCACUCGAGUACAAACCUGACCUGGCCGCCAUCGGAUACCAAGAGAGCCUGAAGGUUAACAAGCCACCAGACAGGUGGACCUUCAAGAUGAGGAAUGACCUGUUGUUCCCGCCUCAGGGACUCAUGAUUAAAGAUGUAGAUAAUCCUAAUGCUAAUCGACAGAUAGUUCACAGUAAUACUGGGUUACCGAACUCCUUUGUCCAAGAGAGUUUAGCCAAGAAGAUGGCUCCAGUUAUUGGAAAAGAUAAGAUAGGCGUGGACGGUAAACCAAUGGACGGGAACGCGACCCCGCGAGUUAAAGGUUACGCGUACUGCGCCACGCCUCAGAUAGAGCCAGGGGUGGGUGCCUCGCCCCUGAUGACAUGGGGAGAAGUGGAGACCACUCCCCAGAGAAUAGAGGGCACCACCCCAGUCAGGCACUCUGGUCCUGCUUUUAAGAUACCCCAGGUGCCGGAGAAGGACAGAUUAGGACACGCUCUAGCUGACCGCGUCAACAAGAGACACAAACAGCGACACGACAAGGCUAUGACUGCUAUGAAGAAACUUGCUAACUCGGCCGGGUUGACUCCCUCUCCACUGCGCGACCUCUCCGGUCUGUCCCCAGCUGCGCGGCGCCUGGCUCUCGCCACCUCCUCCAUGCGAUCCAGCUCAGCACGCAGCAACAUCUUCUCAACCACCCCCAACAAGACCACACCUGUCAGAACUCCCGGCUGGGAUAGUCCUAAAGGCAAGUGGACUCCCUCGGACACUCCCUCGGACACUCCCUCGGACACUCCCUCAGGUACCCCUGAUAGUGUAGUCACGGGAUCAGAAACUUGACAUUAUAACACCACACACUGUGGGGGCUGAACAGUGGGACAUGGUGUUUUAAGUCUAUGAACACCAAGACGUAUUGGAUACACGCAAUAGAAUUCUUGGUAACUGUAAAAGAAUUCUUGGUGACUCUGCUCAAUUGUUUGUGUGCACUGUGCAGUGAUGUGUUGAAGUAGAUUUAGGGUUGCAUCUGUUUAUAAUCCGCGUACAAACUGUAUGCUACUACUACUAGUAGUACUACACUUACAGUAAACCACGUAGACACCUCAUUUUCUGCUUUUAAACAAAUUGUUUGAGAUGCGCUUUUAUUGAGAUACUGCAUUUGCAGAGCAAAAGUUAUUGGCACUUCCCAAAUGAACAUCAACAAUUACAAUGACAGCGGGAAUUUUCAUUUUUUAUAAUUAUUUAUAUGUUUUAAUUGGUUAUUUAUUGAUUAAGGGAUUAUUUCAUUUGUGCGUCGAUUCUUGACAAUAUGUCUGUUGUUAUACUUAUACAUUGCUUUAAAUUUGCUGUGAAAGUGCAAUAUUCGGCAUUUAAUUUAGUGGGCAAAAUUUACGACACUAUAAAAGUUCUAAGAGGGCUGAUGUUGAAAGGGCCAAAACGUUGGUGAGGAUCAGACUGUAUCUUGAUAUUGUGCCAGCGAAUAUUUAACACUUUUAUUUUACUCCAACAAUACCUAUUCAACUUAAAUUUGGUCGGCACAAAGGCAUAUACUUUUAGCCGUUUUUGUUUUACGCGGACACCGAUCAAGAAUUUUACCACCUAAUUUUGUAUAAUCGAUUAUACAGUUUUUACUGACCAAAAAUUUUCAGUAUUAAUAUCUUUCCUGUAAAAUUAUGUACUGCAAAGAUACUCCGUACAUUUAAUGCAAUCUGAUAAGGUUAUCAGUUAACGUUUAAACUUUUAAAGCACUUUUACUUGGUGACGAUAUUAACUUUUAAUGUUUAAUAAACUAAGUGUUAUAUUACUGCGGUUUAGCUUUUGUGGUCAUGUCUCUUUCAACACGAAACAAAAUGUAUCGUAUUUUUAUAAUUCCAAGAAAGUGUAAUUUAAAUUCUACAUCGAAUGCCAUUAUUUUAAUGCACACUCUUUUGAA